GCCCCAUAUUCUAUCAAUCUGAAUGGCACUAUUUACCGACAUGUAGUAAGUACCUAUCUAAUUAUGUAAAGCAGGGAUCUCAGCAUAACAAAUGCGCUCAAGAUUCAAGGGCGAGAGAGUCUACCUCGCCGAACUCACGCUUGUUCAAACCUUACCAUUUAGCGCUUCAACUCGUCAAAUAACCGCGUCUGAAGAUACAACUCGAGCUAUUGCCGGAAAGUUUGGUCUGGCAGAUGCAUUUGACACAAAGGUAGGAUGUUAUCGGCAGUCUUCACGAUAUUACAAGUAAAAGCGAGAAUAUACGCUUGGAGGCUGAAAAGGCCGAUAUGUUGCAGUCUACAACGAAUUGGAGAGAGGCUAAACAGCGUACCUAGUAAGGACUGUAAUAAUAAUAAGUGCCAUGUGGAAUCACUGAUGAUCGUGAGUUGAUGUUAGCUUUCCAGGUCACAAGGAACUUGUCAACUGACAAGAAACCCUCAUAGACAACCAAAAGAAACUGAUGCAGAACCAAGACUCACAUGUUGAUAAUCUCGCGAAGACCUAUCAAGCUAUAAACGAGGUAUAUAAUCUCAUAUGAGAAUACGAGAAGAAUCAAGAGCAAAAGUGGCAAGGUGAACCUGAGUUAUGGCUCGAGAAGCAAGACAUUCCGGCUAGCGAAAGUGUCAUGACAGAGUUACUUGUCGCGAAUGCUCGGUUCUGUGAAUGGAUGAUCUCGCCUAUGCCCAAAGAAUUGUUGAUACAAAGGAAUCUUACCGGAAACUGUCAGAUAUCCACCCAGUCCAUCUUUUGCUCGACUGUCCUGCAAGCCCUUAGAGAAAACUCCAGGUUUAUCUCGCUCUUAUACUUCUGUGGCCUCCAUUGCAACUACGAAGAUCCAUAUUCAGGACCGCGUGGCAUGAUGAUGAGUUUCGUCGCACGAUUGAUCCUACAAUGGAACUUCGAUACGACAGGAGUAGACCAAGCCAUGGACUUUCUAUGGGACGAAUGCAGCGACGAACCAGACAUUAACGAUCUUUGCACCUUAGUGAGCUAGUUAGUCGACCAGCUUCCCGCCGACAUGACUGUUUUCUGCAUUAUUGAUGGUAUCAAUGCGUAUGAAAAGGAAGGCUACCUUGAAGAUCUUGUUCACGGGUUAGCGUGGAUCUUAGACUUGACUAUUGAUACACGUGUCAACGCCACUAUUAAGAUCCUUAUCACAAGUUCAUGUUGCACUUUGGAGGUGCGGGAAGGAUUUCACGAUGAUGCCGUCCUAGCAGCUUAGGUAUGGCUGGCCAGCUGGGAUUAAGUGGGGAAGCAAAUCAACGUCUCCU